AUGUCGAAUAAAGCUCAAGGAAAUUUUCCUAGCACUACAGAAGUUAAUCCUAAAGGACAGUGUCAAGCUAUUACUUUGAGGAGUGGAACAAGGUAUGAAGGGCCAAACAAGAAUCAGUCAGAAGAAGAAGGUUGGAAGGGAAAUACACAAGGUAUAGAACAAGAAAAGUCUAAUGAAGAAAAGGUUACUGAAGACCUUAGAAAGGAAGAGGAGGUACCCCCUAUGAGUAUUGACCAUCAUGUUAGAAUCCCAUAUCCACAAAGGUUACGCAAGCAUAAUUUGGACAAGCAGUUUGCAAAGUUAUUAGAGGUGUUCAAGAAGCUACAUAUUAAUAUACCGUUCGCAGAAGCAUUAGAACAGAUGCCCAGCUAUGUAAAUUUUAUGAAGGAGAUUCUGUCUAAUAAGAGAAAUAUGGGUGAUUAUGAAAUAGUAGCAUUAACGGAAGAGUUUCUUGAUAUGGAAGAGGAUGAGAAUGUUCCUAUUAUCUUGGGGAGGCAAUUUUUAGCAACUGGGCAAGCGUUGAUAGAUGUGCAGAAGGGAGAGUUAAAGCUAAGAGUACAAGAGGAAGAAGUAGUAUUUAAUGUGUUCAAGGCUAUGACUUAUCCUAAAGUAAGUGACAGUUAUGAUGAGGACAAUGAAGAGGCAUUGAGUUAUUUGAAUUGGAUAAAAUCAUAUGAGCCGUGGAAGCAUAAAAAGUUUGAAGAAUUGGGCGAAGGAUUAGAAAGACCAUUACCAUCUAUUUUGAAACCACCUGUGUUAGAAUUGAAAGCGUUACCGGAACAUCUACGCUAUGCUUAUCUUGGAGAAAAAGAGACUCUUCCGGUCAUAGUUUCAUCAUUUCUUUCGGAAGUAGAAGAGGAGAAGUUGAUGAGGGUGUUAAGGGCUCAUAAAACUGCUAUAGGGUGGACUCUUGCUGAUAUAAGAGGAAUCAGUCCAUCGAUAGUUAUGCAUAGAAUUCUUAUGGAAGACAAUGCUAGACCUACUAGUGAUGCUCAACGAAGACUUAAUCCGACAAUGAAAGAAGUGGUGAGAAAAGAGAUUUUGAAAUGGUUAGAUGCUGGUGUGAUUUACCCUAUUUGUGAUAGUGCUUGGGUGAGUCCAGUCCAAGUAGUACCUAAAAAUGGUGGUAUGACCGUGGUGAAGAAUGAAAGUAAUGAACUGAUUCCAACAAGGACUGUGACGGGUUGGAGGAUAUGUAUAGAUUACUGGAAGUUGAAUAAGGCAACUAGGAAAGAUCAUUUUCCUUUACCUUUUAUUGAUAAGAUGUUGGAUAGGUUGGCGGGGCAUAACUACUAUUGUUUUCUAGAUGGGUACUCAGGCUAUCAUCAAAUUUUAAUUGCACCGGAGGAUCAAGAGAAGACAAUGUUUACAUGUCCUUAUUGUACUUUUGCUUUUAGAAGGAUGCCAUUCGGGUUAUGUAAUGUACCAGCCACAUUUCAACGGUGUAUGAUGGCGAUAUUCUCUGACAUGGUUGAGAAGGAGAUUGAGAUUUUUAUGGAUGAUUUUUCGGUGUAUGGGUCUUCUUUUGACUAG